UCAAUUAUAUUUCAUCUAGUUCUCAAUAUUACCAUGUAGUACUCUUCGCUCUCGCGAGAUGUCACAACCUUCAGCGAAACAAAAAAGAGACUGACCGCCGGCCCGGGCCCGCGCCGCGGCUCUCUACCUAGCUUCAUAUCACUUCGUUGUGCGCGAGCGUCAAGACCUUCUCGAGACGACUCUUUCUUUCUUUGUGUGUUAGAUUCCGUUUUUUUGCAUUUGCUAUGUCUAAAAGACGUAUGGGUCCGGGAGACUACGAAAAAUGGAAGGAGUUCCAAGCCAAGUUCAGAAGGAUGCAGGAGGAGAUGGAGAAUUUACCGCCGUUAUUUGUGAGAAGCCCUCACACAUCCGACGAGGAUUCCGAUUCGGAUCUUGAGGUAGAUGCGUCUUCUCAGAAACGAUCUCCGUUGGCAGACCCAGACAAAGAAGGAGGUACAGAUCGCAAAGACAUGGAAAGGGGAGCGUCCAAUGAUGAUGACGAGGAUUCGAUGCCACAUGAUGAUCGAGAGGUCAUAGACAUUUUGGGCAUAGACAACAAAGAUGAUGACGAUAAAACUGUAACCAUCGAUUCAUCGCUUGUUAAGAUAUGGCAUAAACUCGUAAAUCAAGGAUUAAAUAAGGAAGCUAAAGAGGAGUUAAAGAAAAAAUAUAUUAGAUUGCCGGAAUUUGAGCCUAAAAGGCUAAAUCCAGAGAUAGCAGACAGAUGAAAAAGGAUUCUUACAUGCUUGAACUGCAAAAAAUUGCUGGUUCAUCGAUGAUGGCCGUGGGAACUAUUCUCACAAUGUUGAUUAAAGAUGAGGAUUGCGACAAAUUACAAAUUGUUAGUUUACUUAAUGAUAUAGCAAAGAUGGCCAUUCAGAUGCAUCAUGACAUCUCUGUAUCAAGAAGAAGCAACAUUUUUAUAUCCAAUCUGGCUCCUCAGGCUGCGGAAAUCAUCAAGACAGCUGAGAUUGACGAUACCCUGUUCGGAAAUAAAUUGGCAGAGCGCAUUAAGGAAUCUAAAGCGCUCACAAAGCUCUCGGAGGAUUUUCAGCAGAAAUCCAAGCCA